CCGACGGGCCCGGCAACGAGCUGUCAAGCGGACACGACCACAGGGCAACGUUCACUGCGCUGGAUACACCGUGUAGCCGUGUUACCAAGCUGGUCACCUGUUAGGAUGCUCCACAGUGUUUGCCUCAGAAGUGCCUUAAGGGUGAGGGCCAUAGCCACCGCCUCCCUCACAACGGCGAGGUCAGACGCCACAUACCGCUGUUAUGGGACGCGAGGCCCCAAAGAGAUCAGCACCUUCGAUGCUGGGUCAAGGCUGGAGGUGCAGCACCCUCGCUGGCCACACAGCCUCCGUUUCUCCUACCCGUGGCUGAGGGAUCAUUGUCGCUGCAAUGACUGUUACAACCACACCACAGCACAGAGGAGAUUUGAUCCCACACACAUGCAUCUCAACAUCCGGCCAGCCCUUGUCUCAGCAACACCCGAGGGCCUGGAGCUGAAGUGGCCUGAUGGUCACACCUCAGCCUAUGAGUACAAGUUUCUGUGGCAGAACACUUAUGAAGGACGCCGCACUGCACACAAGUCUCCACAACAACUCUGGACAGCACGCACCUUCCCCAAACCUGAGCUGACCACGGUUUCACUGGGUGAACUGAAUGACACUGAAAAGAAUGGUGUGAAAAAACUCAUUGCAGCCAUAAUCAAGUAUGGCUUUGCUUUCAUCUCUGAGGUACCAACUACUGAGGAAGCCACUCGCUUGGCAGUGGAGAAGAUCUGUCCCAUCAAACGGAAUUUCUUUGGCGAGAUGUGGACAUUUGGAAACACAGGCAUGGAUCACUUUGACACGGCCUACACCUCAGAGUUCAUUGGUGCUCACACUGACACUACAUAUUUCUCACAGGCUUGCAGGGUACAAGUGUUCCACUGUCUUGAGGCAGCCUGUGAGGGUGGCGAGAACCUCCUGGUGGAUGGCUUUAAUGUAGCACAACAGUUCAAGGACAAACACCCUGAGGGAUACACAUUCUUCUCCUCAAAAUCCUUCCCAUCAGAAUAUAUUGAGGCUGGGCAGCACCACUCAUGCCUGGACACCAUCUUCAGGCACAAUCCAGAGACAGGAGGCUUGACACAGAUAAGGUACAAUAUUUAUGACCGAGCCCCCCUGUCCUCCAUCCCACAGGAGAAGAUGCAGGAAUUUUACCUUCACUUCAUGAAUCUCACUAAGGUCAUUCGCAACCCUAAGAAUGAACACUGGCUCAAGCUAGAACCAGGCAAGGUACUACUAAUUGACAACUGGCGGGUGAUGCACGGCCGCAAGAGUUUCACAGGAAGUAGGAAGAUGACAGGCUGCUACUUGGGCAACGAUGAGUUCACCAGCAGUGCUAGGGUGCUUGAUUUACAGCUGCAGUGAUCCUGUAGCUUCAAGUUCCAGUAACACACCUGAAUCUUGUGCUUCAUUGGCAACUGGGCUAAAUGCAGAUUUUGGAUUAGCUACUGCUUGACUGCUUCAGUGGUGCUGUGUUGACCAUUACACUGAGUGACACAUUCUGUGGCUAACCCCUGUUGAUGAUUGUUUUAAUGACUCUGGGACCAAGUGUAUGUCACUUUUACUGUUGUAAAUGAUCUGGUGCUAUGCUGUUAAUAUUGACAAAAAUAAUGAAGUGUUGUAUUCCUAUGAAUAUGUUAUAAAAUUAUGUAAACAUACAGAUAUAAAAUAUAUAUUUGUAAGACAUGA